CAUACAUACAAAUCCCACUUUAUAUCAAGCCCUAUACAUUGUCAUCAUGUCGCAGUCUUCCUCGAUGGCUCAGCGCCCGCUGACUCUCACAGAGGAGCUCGAAAAGCUCGAGCAAUCCAUCACUCUCACGCUGCAGGAGAUCGAUCAUAACUUCAGCCAGGCCCAUCGGAUUGUCACAACCAGUAUUUUACCUCUGAUCGAGCAGUACUCGGAGGCAUCUCGUGACGUCUGGGAAGGCGCCAAGUUCUGGAAACAAUUCUUCGAGGCCAGCGCCAAUGUCUCCCUCUCCGGUUACGAAGAGAAACCAGAAGAUACCACCACGACGCUCCAAGAAGAUGACCAGUCCCUCACCGCGCACGAGCAAGACACACAGCUCACCGCGCAACAAGACGACUCGCAUCUCAGUCUGGACGAGCACCGCGAGCAGGAACCCGAGCUGGAAUUGACUGCUCUCAGCCUCUCCUCUCACAGCACCCCGCGCCCUUACGCCGCUCCUCACCACCAGCACCACCAAGCCAACGACACGACGGUCACCUCCUCAAUCGCCCACCCCUCGCCCUCCCCUGGCGACCUUGACCCCGACUCCCUACCCGACAGCGACACUCGUGACCUCGCCCGCGCCGCCGAACUCGCCGACGCCGAAAACGAGGAAUCCUUCCUCCCCACCACCCCAGGCAAAUACUCGGCCUCAGCCUCGGCAUCUCGCUCCUACCAGCGCCCUACUCAACAACAACAACAAUAUCCCUACCACCACGACGAAUCCCACACCCCACUCUUUUCCUCCCCCUUCAUUCCCCCAGCCCCAACAGCCACAUAUCCAAACGACGACAAUGACGACCACGACCACCACGAGGACCCCAUCCUCCACCGCUUCAACGACAGGACGUACCGCGUGCAAGCCACCCCACUCUCCAAGAAGCGCCAACCACUAAAGCACUACCUCUCCACCUCGAAAUCCAUCAAGUUCACCAACCCCAUGUUCAACAGCAACUCGGCCUCCACCCCGCAAAAGCCCCCCGCGAAGAAAUCCAAAUACUCCUUCGACGACUCCCCGAUCUCCAGCCCGGAGCCCGAGGCCCCACAACUGCACGCCGAGAUCUUCUCCUCCCCGAUGAAGAGGGGAGCCGAGACCCCGAACACGGGCCGCAGGCGGCGGCCGAGCGCUCACCAUCCCUAUCAAUCCCGCGUGACGCCCAAACCCGGUAUGAGUGUCCUCACCCCGAUGAAGGAUGGGACUGGUCGCCGCGGCGGGGGCUGGGACAGCGAUGACGAAUUCGGUGGUGGUGGUUUCGGCCGCGGCGGCGCGGCGUUCAGUGACGAGGAUGAGGAUCUGGGUCCCAGUCCGCCCAAGACGAUGCAGUUCCAUAUCCCGCAGAGUCGGUUGAUGAAGACACCUGCGAAAGAAGCCUCCAAGCGGAUCGUCGAGGACUUGUUGUUUACAGCGGGAGCCAAUGAUACCACGGAUGAUAUUGUGGAGGAGCAGAGUCCGAGUGUGAUCCGCAGGGUGGAGAAGCUCGAGGAUGAGACUUUCUAAGUCACUUAGGCCAGAGCUUACCAGUUUUUUGAUAUCUGGGACAAAUCAUUUGUGCGGCUGUGGACGAACUGUUCCUAUACUUUCAUAUACCAAACAACUUGAUC